GUCGCGCCCGCGCGCACCGUUCCAGCUCCGCCUCUUCCCGGAAGAAAGAUGGCCGCGGCCUAGGCGAGGCCCGUCGGAGGCGUCACGGGCGCUCGGGCCCCCGCAGCGGAUCCUGGGCGAGGGGAGGGAAGCCGCUCCUGGCCACACUUGCAGACCAUCCCACAGUCCGGACCCAGGUGGCCAUGGCGUCCAGGCAGACCCCCCACCGCGGCUUGGUUCCUCACUGCCUCUGGCUCUUGGGGGUCAUCCUUCUGAUGGAUGUUUCUGCCCGGCCUGCCAACCACUCAUCUGCUCGGGAGAGAGCCGGCAACAAGGAUGAGCGUGAGAUCCUGCCCCCAGACCACCUGAAUGGGGUGAAGCUGGAGAUGGAUGGGCACCUCAACAAGGACUUCCACCAGGAGGUCUUCCUGGGGAAGGACAUAGACGGGUUUGAGGAGGACGCAGAGCCACGGAGAAGCAGGAGGAAGCUGAUGGUCAUCUUUUCCAAGGUGGACGUGAACACUGACCGGAGGAUCAGCGCCAAGGAGAUGCAGCACUGGAUCAUGGAGAAGACAGCAGAGCAUUUCCGGGAGGCCAUCGAGGAGAGCAAGGUGCACUUUCGUGCAGUGGACCCCGACGGCGACGGCCGUGUGUCGUGGGACGAAUAUAAGGUGAAGUUUUUGGUGAGCAAAGGCCACAACGAGCAAGAAGUUGUGGAGAAGAUAAAGAAUGGCGAGGAGCUGAAAGUCGACGAGGAGACACAGGAAGUCCUGGAGAACCUCAAGGACCGCUGGUACCAGGCAGACAACCCCCCCUCAGACCUGCUUCUGACUGAGGACGAGUUCCUGUCAUUCUUGCACCCUGAGCACAGCCGUGGCAUGCUCAAGUUCAUGGUCAAGGAGAUUGUCCGGGACCUGGACCAGGACGGUGACAAGCGGCUCUCGCUGCCCGAGUUCAUCUCUCUGCCUGUGGGCACGGUGGAGAACCAGCAGGGCCAGGAUAUCGAUGACAGUUGGGUCAGAGACCGAAAAAAAGAGUUUGAGGAACUGAUUGACGCCAACCAUGACGGGAUUGUGACCAUGGCGGAGCUGGAGGACUACAUGGACCCCAUGAACGAGUACAACGCCCUUAAUGAGGCCAAGCAGAUGAUCGCCAUCGCCGACGAGAACCAGAACCACCACCUGGAGCCCGAGGAGGUCCUCAAGUACAGCGAGUUCUUCACAGGCAGCAAACUGAUGGACUACGCCCGCAACGUGCACGAGGAGUUCUGAGCCCGCGCCUCCUGCCCCAUGCGCCUUGGCCAGCUGGCCCCUCCGGGAGGCCUCCCUCCCUCCCGCGGCCCCGACAGCCGUGGGUCCAGGCUUGUCACAGAUGUGCUUGAGCGGGCCCGAGUCCCGAGGUGCAGUUGCGGGCUGGCUGCCCCCCAUGCGUGGGGUCCCACGUGACUGCUGCAUCUCACUUCUGAGAACCGGGUGCUGUUCUGCGGAAGGCACUGACCACAUCAGGGCCCUGUGGGCUCACCACACCUGUGGGAAGUAACGCAGCUCCUGCCGUUUCCUUGAAAACCGAGAAGUGAACCAACUAUUAGAAUGUGCUCUGCUGGGAGCCUGUAGCCGGCCGCUGGGGGGUGCCUGCCACAACGUUCAGUCUCCGAAAACACACACACUUGUGAUGAGAAUCUCAUUAAUGUACUUUAAAAUAGAGUUGCCUUUUUCUCCUAGCUUCAUUUCUUUGUUGAAAAAAAGCCCAUAAAAUGAUUUUGGAACGUU